GUGUAUGCGCAUCGUCAGUGUUACAAUUGUCAAUUACAAUAAACCAGUUCACGCUCGACUCCCGUCUUUCAUUGACGUGUCCCGAGACAUAACACUGGCGACGAGGACUACCUAAUCGCGUGCGAAAUUUCACAAUGCCUAUCGGCCGUAUUGAACCAUUUAUUGUUGAAAACAAUAACUGGGACGCUUACAUUCGCCGAGUAAAUCAGUUUAUUGCAUUAAAUAAUAUCGGUGACGAAUUAAAGGUUGCAACCUUAGUGACGGUAGUUGGUGCGCAAUGUUACGAAUUAAUGUGUGAUUUGUGUGCUCCCGAGACUCCCGAGUCAAAAACUUUUGAUCAAUUGGUGGCGUUGAUGAAGGAACAUUUCGAGCCUGAUCGAUCGGAAAUUGCUGAGAGGCACAUAUUCCGUCAAAGAGUGCAACGCCAAGGUGAGAAUAUUCGAGAAUACCUACAAGCGCUGAAACAUUUAGCGAAGACUUGCAACUUCGGCACCUGUUUGGAGGUGUGUUUGCGAGAUCAAUUCGUAUCGGGACUACUCAACGAAGACAUGAGGUCGAGAAUCUUCGCCGAGAGGGGUGUGAGCUACAAGCGGGCCGUGGAGUUGGCGCAGGCGCUGGAGGCGGCGGAGCGGCACGCGGCGACGGCGUGCGCCUCGGCCAGCUCGAGCACCGCCCUGGCCAGCUCGCGGCAGAGCCUGGCUUCCCCGGACGACGACGGCUUGCAUCGGAUUGGGACGGCAGCAGGCGGUGCACGAGCUCCGGCCAGGGGCGCGCGGGGCGGCACCGGCGGCGGCGUGGGCGCAGACCGGGCGCAGCGUACGUGUUCGCGAUGUGGUAAAACUGGUCAUUCGGAAGGCAAGUGUCGGUUUCGUUAUUAUAGUUGUGACUCCUGUGGUGAAAAGGGCCAUUUGAAAAUAGUGUGCAGGAAGAACAGAAGCGAGAGAGGAUAUAAAGGUCAGUUCUUUUUAAAUGACUCAGACUCGGACGAAGAUAGUUGUAACUUUUAUAAUUUAGUGGUCAGUAAUGACGGCGACGGGCCGUAUUAUGCCGAUUUAAAUGUCGAAAAUAUCGAGUGCCGAUUUGAGAUCGACACUGGCAGUAAAAUUUCUGUAAUUUCAAAAAAAUAUUACGAUAAGUAUUUUUCAAAUAUUCCUAUACAGAAUAAAUUGUUAUCUUUAAAAUCAUAUACGGGCGACAUCAUCGAAACUAUCGGAUACAUCGUAGUUAAUGUAAUUUGUGGUAAACACCGCGCUAGACUAAACCUGUUCGUUAUCGAUAACGGAGGGCCGCCCUUGAUGGGGCGCGUUUGGAUAAAACAUUUAAAACUUGCAGUAGUGGAAUGUUAUAACUUAACAGAUGAUGAUUCGGUGGCGUCGUCGUUGCUUAACGAAUUCCCGAAAGUAUUUUCUGAGGGUCUCGGUACUUUCAAAACUAAAAUUCAGCUGCUCCUGAAAGAUGACAAACCGGUUUUCGUCAAGGCGAGGACGAUACCGCUAGCGUUACGGCAACCCGUCGAACAGGAACUCGAACGUUUACAGCGCGAGAAUAUUAUAUAUAAAGUAGAAAGAUCCGAUUAUGGUACACCUAUUGUUCCUGUUAUUAAAGCUAACGGUUCUAUAAGGUUGUGUGGGGAUUACAAAAUCACCAUCAACCCUUUAUUAAAAGAUUAUCACUAUCCGCUGCCACGGAUCGAAGAUCUGUUCGCUGUUCUCGGAGGGGGGGAGCAGUACACUAAAUUAGAUUUGACUAACGCGUUCCAGCAAUGUAUUUUGCAUGAGGAGUCGCAAGCGAUGACGGCGAUUACCACUCAUAUAGGCACGUUUGUGUAUCGUCGAGUACCGUUCGGAAUUAAAUGUAUACCUGAAAACUUUCAGAAGAUAAUGGAGGAGACUCUAAACGGGUUGCCGUCGACGGCCGUUUUCGCGGACGAUAUUUGUGUGACCGGGAAGGACAAGGCCACACAUCUCAGAAACUUGAAAGCUGUGUUACGUAGGCUGCAGGAUAACGGUUUAAAAAUUAAUUUUGCGAAAUGUCAGUUUUUUAAAAAUAGUGUUACUUAUCUCGGUUAUAAAAUAGAUAAAUUUGGAUUACAUACAGAUAGUAAAAAAAUCGAAGCUAUCGUUACUGCGCCCGAGCCUACGAACGUAACCCAGCUUAAAAGUUUUAUGGGCCUCGUUAACUUUUAUUCUAAAUUUUGUGUCAAUAUGAGUGACAUACUAAAGCCACUUUACGGUCUACUAAAGAAAGAUGUAAAGUGGGCCUGGACGAGUGAAUGUAGCAAAUCUUUUAAAAAAAUAAAAAACGUGUUAAGUAACGCUCCCGUUUUGACUCACUACGAUCCUAGUUUACCGUUAAUUUUAUCUGUGGACAGUAGUGCGUACGGCGUAGGUGCGGUGCUGACUCAGCGGUGCGCGGACGGUACCGAGCGGCCGGUGUGUUGCGCCUCGCGAACUCUCAACGCGGCCGAAGUCAACUACUCGCAGAUAGAUAAGGAGGCGUUGGCUAUCAUAUUCGGUGUUACGAAACAUCACCAGUAUUUGUAUGGGCGGCAUUUUACGCUGCGGAGCGAUCAUCGUCCUUUGAGUUAUAUUUUCGGCGAUCGCAAGGGCAUACCAGUGACUGCCGCUAGUCGACUACAGCGAUACGCGGUCAAGUUGUCCGCAUAUAAUUUUAGUAUCGAAUUUAUUUCCUCGGAAAAAAAUUGUUUUGCCGAUGCUCUCUCUCGUCUUCCUCUAAAGUUGACUUCGGGUCAACUCAGAGGUAACGACGACCGUUGUAGCUAUUUAAAUUUCGUGCAAGAUAACUUUCCGAUCAGUUUUAAAGAUAUAAAAAUUGAAACUAGGAGAGAUUCGCUCCUGAGUAAAAUAUACGGUUACAUAAUGUUCAAUUGGCCCGACACACUAAACGAUAAAAUAGAAAAAAUAUACUGGGAUAGGAGACAUAGCAUGCAUAUCGAUCAAGGUUGUAUACUCUGGGGUUAUAGGAUAGUCGUACCUACGUCGCUGAGGUCCUCAGUUCUGAGAGAGAUCCACGACGGGCACCCGGGGGUGGUCAAAAUGAAGCAAAUCGCGCGUAACUACGUAUGGUGGGAGAACCUAGAUUCUGAUAUCGAGCAAGUGGCGCGGGAGUGUGUCGCGUGUAGGCAGCUGCGAGCUGCGCCCCCCGCCGCGCCGCUGCACUCGUGGCCCUGGCCAGCCGAGCCUUGGUCGCGACUGCAUGUCGAUUUUCUUGGUGCGUUUAACGGUUGCUACUUCCUCGUCGUCAUAGAUGCCCACUCGAAGUGGAUAGAGGUCGAAAAGGUGACCUCGACGUCGGCGAGUGUAGUUAUAGGGCACCUCCGUAAAUUGUUCGCGCGGUUCGGCCUACCUAAGCGACUCGUCAGCGACAACGGUCCCCCAUUUUCAUCUUUCGAAUUCGCACAGUACCUGGAACGGAACGGCAUCAGACAUACGUUAAUUCCGCCCUAUCAUCCUUCCAGCAACGGGGCAGCCGAAAAUGCGGUCAGGUCAGUUAAGCGGGUGCUUAAAAAGGCGCAACUCGAGAAGGAAGACUACAAUAUAGCCCUUAAUAGAUUUUUGUUCACGUACAGAAAUACCGAACAGAGUACGACGGGCCGCGAACCGGCAGUAGCGUUGUUAGGUAGACGGCUCCGGGGACGCCUGGACCUGCUGCGGCCCGACGUCGCCGAGCGCGUGCGCAGCGGCCAGCUGCGGCGCGAGCUCGACGACGCCGCCACCCGCCCGGUGAGGGUGCUGGCCCCCGACGAGCCGGUCAUGUUACGUGACUACACCAAGUCCGAUCGUAAAUGGACCGAGGGUGUCGUGAUGGAACGAAAGGGUCCAGUUUCCUAUAAGGUCAAGGCGGAUGAUGGUAAAAUUCACAAACGGCACAUCGAUCAGCUACAAACUCGUAAGUCGCGUCACUCUUUGAGUAAAAUUAGUAGGCCGCCGAUGGACCGAGAUCAGGUUUUUGUUGAUGAUAAUAACGUAGAAUUGACGGAAGAUACGUGUGAGACAGGCGAUAAAGAGGAGUUCUUUGAUAGUGUUGGGGAGGAUGAUAACAGCGCGCCGUCUCGAGCGACACCGCCCGACUCACCGUCCACGUCCACUGAUAAGAAUGAUAAUAAUAAUCGCGCGCGCAGGCGCGCUGCUAAACAUUGUUUAGAAAUAAUAAAGGACAAUAAAAAUAAUAUCUAACAGGCUAUCUACUAAGUUUAUAA